AUGAUGCCCAAAGCCAAGGUCGUCUUGAUUCCCUGGGACCCAGAUUCUGGUGCCCAUCGCAAAGCCCUUGUCAAGCAGCGCGAGGAAUGCAGCUGGCACCAGGAAAGAGUGGAGAAGGAGUGGAGAGAAGCGCAGGCUAAAGGGGAAAAGUGCAUUUACUGGAUUAAAAAUCCACUCCUACGUGACACUGCUCAGUCCAUCAAUGCCAUUCCCCGCAAGCCAUCGCACAAAGCUUUUGUCCCAGUUGGACAUAUAUCACUGGAUGCGCAGAAUCCAGAAGCGAAGCAUAUUGAUCUAAAAAGUGCAUUGACUGGCGCUUUCUGGAUCAAGAGCUUCUACGUCAGCCGCGCUAUUCAAAGCCAAGGUGUGGGCCGUGCUGCGAUGGAUGAAGUGGAGAAGAUGGCAACUCGAGCGCCGUUGAAUGGACAGACCCUGAUACUGGAUACUAUCCAAAGGGACGACGCUCUCCGAGAAGAAUUUGCCAUUGCGACCACUGGAAGCAUUCCAAAGGUCCCGAAUCAAGAUUGGUAUGCUAGACGAGGAUACCACGUUAUUCAAACUGUGCAGAACUACUACAAGAUCACGGACCGAAAUGGUAGAUUCUGGGACACAAAGACUGUGUUUAUGCGAAAGGAUAUUUCCUGA